UCACCUGGAUGAUGAUGCCGCCUGUUUGGUGCUGUUGGCUCCCUCGCCGCCCUUCUUGGCCUUGGACUUCUUCUUGCCGCCCUUACUGCUGGUGUUGGUGUUGGUGUCCUUGCCCUUCUGCUGUGUGUCGCUAAUGCCCAACUCGGCUGCCAGCAAUGCGUCGGCCCGCUCGUUGGCCGCACUCUCAAUCUCGUCAAACAACUCCAACAACUGACACACAACACACAAAUUGACAUCGACACGGCCUGUGUGAGCCGCCAUAUGUGGAUCAUUUCCCGCCUCCUUGGGCACUGCUAUCUGCUGCUGCUGGUGUCCCUUCCGUCGCCCUUUCGGCUGCUGUCCGGCCGCCCGCAUGGUCUUGACGGCCUCGUGCUGCAGGAUGGCCUGCGUGACGGUGUUGGGACGGAAGCCGCCCCUCUUGCCGCUCACCCGAUCGCCAUAGCUGCACAGCCAGACACACAGGGCCGGUCACGUGUCAGCCACGCGACUCGUGUGUGCGUGUUGACGUACCUAACGAGUGCACGGAGGGUUCGGACGGCGAAGUCUACGAAGCUACCCAGCUCUUCCUGGCUGAUGUGGUCCUUGAUGCAUGCGAGCGCCAGCUGGCACACAGCUACGGGGAGGCCGUCGCGCACUGCGAUCUGGAGAUGAGCGACACACAGUGCAUGAACACACGGACAGUAGACACAGUCAUGAAUCCCUCCAUCCAUCCUGACCUUGGCGCGAGCGUCAGUGAGGUCGUCUGUGGCCCCUCCGACGAUGUUCGAAAGGCUGGAUGCACAGAAGGCGGAAUCCGUACCGCCGUGCUUGACAACGUUGGAGAGGAGAGAGAUGCAGCCAGAGAGAUAUACUUGGUCCCGAUACCCACAGGCUGUCCGCAU